UAGGGUUUCUUCUUGAGAUAUAGAAAAUAUGUCUUCCACCGGUGAACUUGCUUGUACUUACGCUUGUUUGAUCCUUCAUGAUGAUGGCAUUCCUAUUAAUGCCGAGAAAAUUUGUACACUCAUAAAAGCAGCAAAUUUGAAGGUGGAAUCAUACUGGCCGAGCCUUUUUGCAAAACUUUGUCAGAAGAUGAACGUGGAUGAACUUGUGAUGAACGUCGGCGUCGGCGGAACGGCGGCUUCUACCGCCGCUGUAGCCGCUGCUCCCACUCCUACUACUGGUCACGAUGCCGUCGCUGCACCUUCCGCCAGUGACAAGAAGAAGGAAGAAGUAAAAGAAGAGAGUGAUGAUGAGCUGAUGUUCAGCUUGUUUGACUGAUAUCCUCAACUUAUAGGCUCUUUAGUAUAUAGAGAAUUAUUGCAGGAUUAUUUUAAGUUUUUAAUAUUGGGGCUACUUUAUUAUUAUUUUAAAAAAUAGUCCAUUAAUCAUAGAACUUAUUGAACUUGUAAUCAAUUCCUUCUCGGUGAGUUUCUGUCUGGUUUGGUUUCGAUUUAUUUCAAUUUUAGAGAUAAAGAGGCAAGGAUUUAGAAUUUCUUGAAGCAAUGUAUUAAACAAUUAUUAU